AUGCAAGCAGAUCCAGGACAGAGCCCAAUAGGCUGGGACACCGAGCCACCAAGCGGCGUGCAAGCCUCCGGACCCUGCGAUUUGUGUUUCAUCAAAAAUCUGCAAAAGCAGGCUGGCAGUCAGUACUACGACGGACCUCAGAUUCGAGAGAGUUCCUUGCUUCCAGUCGCUAGUCCCACACCGACAUCGACGGUCUGCAGUGGCAAGGAAUACGACAUCCAGACCGGCGAUGACUGCUACAAGAUAUCCAAGUCUCAAGGCAUAGGGACUGCCUGGCUGCUUUCAGACAAUUCUCUCACUGCCUACUGCGCCAAUUUUCCACAAAAUGGCAAACUGUGCAUCAAGAACACAUGCAAAGUCUAUACAGUACAGCCUGCCGAUACCUGCGAGAUCAUGGCUAGCUCCAAUAAUAUCACCAUCGCGCAGUUGAAGGCCUGGAAUCCGAUCAUUAACGCUGGCUGUCACAACUUAUACAAGAUGAACGGGACUUCUAUUUGCGUGUCCAAUCCUGGCGUAGCAUAUGUCACGCCCCCAGCUAUGCCUCCUCUGGCGCCAAGCACAGCCGUCAGCGCAGCACCCGUGCCUACCAAUGCGAAGGACGAAUCGAAUCGACAAUUCACCAAAGUCACGUUUACGCCCACUAAGCCCGCUACGACAACACCCUCGCCCACGCAGCUGAGCCUUGCGCUUGAUACAAGAGACGAUUGCUACCAGUAUUUCGAGGCAUCACAAAUGGAAAGCGACAUAACAGGAACUCUUUAUCGUCACCAAUGCGAUUUGGCUGCAGAUAUCUACGGUGUAGAGAUGUCCGAACUGCUCACCUGGAAUCCCUCACUCGGGAACGACACCGAAGCGUCUACUUGCAGCUUCGAGCCUGGAGUCCGCUAUUGUGGAAGGUUCUAUUUCGAGCCCCCAAAGGCCGACCCCGAAGUAGGCCCAUCGCUGGACUUUCCGAUCAGAGAAGGGUAUGAUACGAACUGCACUGAGUUCAGGGACGUGUCUAAGGAUUUCACUUGCGAGGAUGUUCUGGCUUUGUUCGAUCUCACCUUGGCUCAAUUCUUCAAGAUGAAUCCGGCUGUAGGCUCAACGUGUGCGAAUCUUUGGACUGAAACGGCAUAUUGCGUCAAGUCGCCCAACGCUCCACCGCCCGCUACGAGCGUUACUUCGACCUCAGUUGCCCCAAGCAGUACAGUUCCACCGGGACCUGGGGCACCAACGCACACUGGACAGCCUGCAAACUGUGUUCGAUGGCACAUCGUCGAGAAAGGGGAUGAUUGCUCGAUUCUCGCAAACAAAUACUUCAUCACCUUGGAGCAAUUUUAUGCCUGGAAUCCCGCCGUGUCGAAUGAUUGCCGCGACAACUUCUGGCAGGGAUCGGCAUACUGUGUGGGCACUUCGGAUUCGAUCAGCGUGAGCAGAUCGGCUCCCCCGCCGUCGCCUACUCCCAGUCCUUUCGUCAUACCAACGCCAAAUCAAGCAAACAACGCGAUCAAAGAAUGCAACAAGGCUGCUCAGGCGCAGGAAGGAGACUGGUGUGCUUUGUUUGCUGAACGAAACGGAAUCACCGACGCGCAACUAUAUGCGUGGAAUGCAGCCUUGGAUAAUGGCAAUGCUUGUGGCACUUCUUUUUGGAAGGAUUACUGGUACUGUGUCGGUAUAGCCGCGUAA